AUGGCGCGCGUCUACGCAGAUGUCAACCAGAACAUGCCCCGCAGCUACUGGGACUACGACAGCGUCAACAUCAGCUGGGGCGUCCUCGAGAACUACGAGGUCGUCCGGAAGAUUGGCCGUGGCAAAUACUCGGAGGUUUUUGAAGGCAUCAACGUGGUCAACUACCAGAAAUGCGUCGUCAAGGUCCUCAAGCCCGUGAAGAAGAAGAAGAUCAAGCGCGAGAUCAAGAUCCUGCAGAACCUUGCCGGCGGCCCCAAUGUUGUCGCCCUCCUGGACGUUGUCAGAGACUCGCAGAGCAAGACGCCCUCCCUCAUCUUCGAGUACGUCAACAAUACCGACUUCCGCAGCCUCUAUCCCAAGUUCAACGACCUCGACGUGCGGUUCUACAUCCAUGAGCUACUCAAAGCCCUGGACUUUUGCCACAGCAAAGGCAUUAUGCACCGCGACGUCAAGCCUCAUAACGUUAUGAUCGAUCAUGAGAACCGAAAGUUGCGUCUGAUUGACUGGGGCUUGGCUGAGUUCUACCACCCCGGAACCGAAUACAAUGUCCGCGUGGCGUCUCGAUACUUUAAGGGCCCCGAGCUGCUGGUCGACUUCCAGGAGUAUGACUACAGCCUGGACAUGUGGAGCUUGGGCGCCAUGUUCGCCUCGAUGAUUUUCCGCAAGGAGCCGUUCUUUCAUGGGAACAGCAACUCGGACCAGCUCGUCAAAAUCGCAAAGGUUCUAGGUACCGACGAACUCUUCGACUAUCUCGACAAGUACGAAAUCGAGCUGGAUGCCCAGUACGACGACAUACUAGGACGCUUCCAGAAGAAGCCCUGGCACGGCUUCGUCACGUCGGAGAACCAGCGCUUCGUUUCGAAUGAAGCCAUCGAUUUCCUCGACAAGCUGUUGCGAUACGACCACCAGGAGCGCCUUACUGCGAAGGAGGCACAGGCUCAUCCGUACUUUGACCCUGUCCGCGACCCUGAAGUCUUCAAGCAAAACCUUUCCAACCCAAGCGGGACCUACAAGUCGGGAUAA